AGACCAUCCAUUAGUCAUGUUUCUCUUCUUUAUCCCUGGUACAAAUUGACUAGUUCAUAUAAUAUAGUAUUCUUUCCUCAGAGUAGAGUAAAACUCCUGUCAUUGAUUUUGCAUAUUUAGCACAAUGUCAAGUGCAAUAAACACAGUAAAUACUUGUUGAAUAUUAGGAAAAGUAAGAUAGAAUGAAACCAGCAUUUUGAGUACCUCUUUGCUGCUUGUUUUUCUGUACAAUUUACCAUUCAGAUUGCUUUUUGUAUGGUUUAUGAAAGAUAAAAAUGGUCAUAAUUUAACCAUUGCUGUUUGGUUUCCUGCCAGCUUCGGCUAUCAUCUCUCAACACUAUCCCUGACCUAUUCUACUCCACUGUAGAGAUACAAAACAUACGAAGCAUGAAUGCCAGACCCCAUUGCUAAAGCAAGUUCUCUGUCAGUUUCACCCAUCCUUUAUUGUGGAGCCAGCCCCUCCUGUAUCUCUGAUGGGAUUAUUUUUUCUCAGAUUGAAGACUGUAUAAUGGCCUCUACCUUGCUAGGAAAAAAAAAUCGAGGGAGAAGAGUGGUUGUAUCCUGUGUGACCCACAAGUACUUCCUUUGUUGAGACAUUGGGAAAUGUGUUAGUGAAGGGAGCACUCAAGUCCUGGAAAAAUUAUGGAAUUUUCCCCUAUGCUCUGAUAGCCUUGGAAUAUGUUAUGUGCCGCUAUUGAAAUGGAAAGAAAUGAAAGUGUUAGUAGUCUCUCAGUAGUGUCCAACUCUUUGCAACCCCCAUGAACUGUAGCCUGCCAGGCUCCCCUGUCCAUGGAUUUCUCCAGGUAAGAGUACUGAAGUGGGCUGCCAUUCCCUUCUCCAGGGAAUCUUUCUGACCCAGUGAUUGAAUCUCCUGCAUUGCAGGCAGAUUCUUCACUGUCUGAGUUACCAGAGAAGCCCGCUGAAAUGGGCUCUCAUUUAAAUGGAAUCAUGGAAUCCUUUAGAGACAGAGCCUGGGUGUCUAGGUAUAAUUGUCAGAGGAAAAGUGGGUAUAGUUACUGUAAUGGGCAGAAGAGCCAAAGUGACAGUCAGAAUUUUGUGACCCCCUGGGUUGUUAUCAUUAAGGUGGCUAAACCCUUAAAGCACAUAUUAAGGGCAUAGAAACUGUUGGGUCACAUGACCAGAAACCUGAAUUCAUUCACCAUCAUGGAGCAUCAUGGUCUCUUAAAUUUCUAGACCUAAGCCAGUUCACAAGUCCACGAUCCUUAAAUAAGGUGGGAGAGUUAGAUCCCUCUGAGCAUAAGCUGUUGCUAUUGCUGUAAAUGUAUACUGAAGAUCUUCCCUCAGGUUAUUCCCAGCGGGAUCUCAGUUAUUUACCAGACUGAUUGAGCAUUAUGGAAAGGGAUGGUCUCAGCUCUUUUAAGAAUUACUAGACAUAACCCUUACUUGAAGCUAAUCUUUUGAGGGAAACAAAACACGACCAUUGUUCUUGGAAAAAUGAGACAUUGGAAAAAUGGUGAACGGAUGAUGAAUUUAUUUCCCUGCUUCCCUCUCUAGAUUGAGUUGAUCUCACUGUAGUUCCAGGGAGUCUGUGUAUCUACCUUGUGGUCAUUGUCCCAGUUGCUCAGUGUUUACCCUGCAGAACGCUGUAUUGUCUCUGACUCAUAGAAAGAGGGAUAUUAUGGGAGGGGGCCAGGUGAAAGUCCUGGAAAUGUUCUCCUGUCUAGCAGAAUAAUCAAAAAGUACUGUGUCGCAGGAAUUGUAGAGAUUAGAGCCAUCAUAAAAUAUGUGAGAAAUUAAAAAACAGAGAUUUUUUUUUUUUAUCACAUCCUCAUUUUACUCACCUUCUUGGCUUGUGCAAAGGGAGAAUGGGCCUUGGAAGUUGUUUUAUUGUAAGUUUAAUCCGGUUUUGCUUCCAACUGCACUACCAUUCCAGAUGUGAUCUCUUUUGGAGAACUAGUCAUUCUAAUCUCUAGUCCUCAAUAUACAGCGAUUGAUUUUGCAAAUCCUUCCCCUCCUUAUAUCAAUCAGCCAGGAUUACAAGAAGCUGUUUACAUUCACCUGGCAUAGAAAGCACUCUACUGUCAGGGUUAUAAGCAAUCUGCUAUCAUAAUCUAGUACACCUUGAAGUUAUUUUUAAAAUGAGUAAGUAAGGGCAAACAAUUCAUACUUUCCCCAUUAUUACUGUAAACUUUUAAACCAAAGAACAUUUCAUAGAACCAAUGAGGGGUGGAAGAGGAAGGUGUUUGUUAAUGCUUAAAGCAGUAUUUAUUUGAUGGGCUUCAGCUAGAAUGAUUGUUCUCUUGGGAUUAAAAAAUAAAGCAAAACUAGACAAAAACAAAAAUUUACACAAAGUAUAAUUUUAAUCUCCAGAAUAUCUUGUCUUCUUACCCUUUUUCUUACAUGUUAGAAUAAAAAUCAGAGGUGGUUAACAGUUUUUUUUUUUUUUUUGAGACAUAGUAGACUCCUUUGCAAUCUGAAGUCUGUGGAUGUCACAAUGUUUUCAAAUCCAAUAGAUUGCAUAGGAUUAUGCAAGUCAAUUAAGUUGAAAUAUAGUCAACAAAAUAUUUUAAAAUUUCCAGUAUAGUACAGUAUAGUAAUAUAUCUAUAGUGAUGAUAAAUAAAAAUUAGCAUUACUAAUAAGUAUUUCAGUUUUGGAAUUAGUGAUGAGUAUAACAGUAUUUCAAAUUAUCUGUGAUUUCUAUUGAUCACAGUUAGUCUAAUACUCGGAGAAGGCAAUGGCAUCCCACUCCAGUACUCUUGCCUAGAAAAUCCCAUGGAUGGAGGAGCUGGUGGGCUGCAGUCCAUGGGGUCGCUAAGAGUCGGACACGACUGAGCAACUUCACUUUUCAUUUUUCACUUUCAUGCAUUGGAGAAGGAAAUGGCAACCCACUCCAGUGUUCUUGCCUGGAGAAUCCCAGGGACGGGGGAGCCUGGUGGGCUGCCGUCUCUGGGGUCGCACAGAGUCGGACUUGACCGAAGUGACUUAGCAGUAGCAGUCUAAUACUAUCGUCAUUUUUUGUCUGCCUUCUUAACAGAGGGAAAUUUAAACAUUUAGUUAGAUGUGAGUGAAAAUAAACGUAUGAUUUCUUUUCCACCCAAGUACAUGGGCCCUCCUCCCCCAAUUCCCUCUGUUGAACUUUUUGAUAGAUGAGAGGGCUACGUGAAUCUCACUUAAAGAACUUCUGCUCUGAAUAGGUUUAUAUGACAUGGUGGCUCUGAAAAAAAUGAAUAUUUGUUAUCUUUUGAACGUAUUUGCUUAAUCACAUAUUUUACUACAAUGUUUCAUUUACUUUAUAGAGAAAUAAAAUCCUGUAACAUAAUGGAAAGAGGAGAUUAAAAUGAGUCUAUGUGAAUAAGUGCUAACUUUUUGUCAAUGAAUUACCACAUAGUGAAUUAACUCCUCUAAUACAUUAGAUGGUGCCUCAUGGACCUUUUGAAGUAAAAUUAUUUUAAACUUAUGCUCUGUUUUCCUCUAUGUUAUCAACUGGUUCAAGCUCAUGUACUUGCAAUGCUCACUAGACUGACUGCAUAGUAUGUAAAAUUUUUGUUUCCGAAAGAUUGAGUUUCUUCAGUAAUCUGCACUAAUUGACUUGUGUGAAAUCCUUACUAGAGUAUUUACAGAAGUAUUAUUUGUUGUAUAUUGUUGGCUCACGCAAAUAAAACUGCAAAAAAUGAAAACAAUUGCAUUUUGCUCAUUAUAGUUACAAAAUAAUUUCUGCAUCUUUUCCUUCUUUCUCCACAUUUUCAGUCCCAAAUUAUGACAGUUUAACUAGCAUUUGAAAAAUUAUUAUGUUUAUUGGAUUAUUUGCAGGUGGGGCUCUGGACUUUGGUCUACAAAUCAGUGGUUAAUUUAAUGAUGCACUAGUUUAUAUUUAGCAAAAUGAAGCAUAACAAGCUCAGCUGAAAAAUGAUUCUUGUUUUAACCAGUGAUCUUCACACAGCUGUUUAAAUACCAUAUUGUACUUGUUUUUUUCCUCUUUCCUUAUUUAGGAUGGCACAUGGUACUUGUGUAAUCUUUGCUUAUUUUAAGCCAGCAUAAAAGAAUGGCUCUUGGCAAAUUGGAGGCAAUUUGCAAAACUAAGGGAUAUUCUUAUGAAUUCAGGCCAAGUUAAAUUAUUAUUGAAGAAUACAUCUUUUCCCCAAAAUCUCUCCUGAGACUCUUUUUCAUUAUAAUGUUAUAUUUCAAAGUUUAUGACAGAGGAAUAUUUUUUUCAAUUGUUCCACGUAAUUUUCUUUCUUUUGUAUGAUGAUACCAUUAAAAUAAGAUUGGCCAGGAAGAAUCCAAUGUUUUGAAAUUGUAAUGGUGCCCUUUUUGUGUUAUCAAUUUUAUGUUUUUCUGUCUAGAAAAAACUGUGGCUCUUUUUAUACAGAUGUAAAUGAUGACUCAAAACAUAGCAUAACAUAGCAUAACGUAGAUGGAAAUUUAAAAUAAUUUUCUAUGACUGUUUUCUUUUUCUUUUUUUUACUACUGGCUCAUCUUCACUGCUUGUUGGAUCCAGCCCCCAACUACUACACUUCCACUAAAAAUCAGUUCCUUUCCUUUGACAUCUGUAUGAUGUGUAUCAAAUGAAGCUUUCUCAUAAGAUUUUCUUAUUUUGCUUGCCCUUAUUUUUUAUGUAACUUCCAUUUUUUUCAUGAAAUGUUUCGUAUUUUCUGAUGGUUCCAUUUUAUCGCAGUAUCUUGUGAAGUAGGACACUGUGUUUUGUCUACAUCUUAUAUCUGCCUUUUUAUGUGAAACCCUUUGCUGCAUAUUUACUGACUUAAACAUAUGAUCUUGUAGACAGUGAUCACAACUGAGGUUGGAAAGAUGAAGAAUAAAGAUGCAGAACGUAGUUACAACUUAGAAGACUGUGUUGAUGUAUACCAGUGUAAUUUUUCUACUUAGUAAAACAACUCAGUCCACAUUUCUGUUUUUUAGAAUAUGUGGUAUUGCUUAAAAUGUUCAAGUAUAUUCUAUAUAUUUCUUCUGGAGUCUCUGGAUAUCAGAUCUGAUUUUGAUUGGUUGUACGCCUUUUUAUUUGCCGAAAGUAAAGAAUCCUCCUCCGGUGCAGGAGACCCAGGUUCCGUCCCUGGGUUGGGACAAUCCCCUGGGUGGGGGGGAUGGGGGCGGGGGGCGCGAGAGCGAGUGAGCGGCUGGGAGAGUUCACCCCGCUGAGGCGGUGAGAGGCCCGGGGCCUCCCUCAGCGGAGCGGGCCCCCUCCCGGUCCCCGGCCGGCUGCUUGGUUGUGAGGAAGCCGGGAAGCGAGUGUCCGGCCCCAGCCAUGGAGGGUAUGGACGUGCACCUGGACCCCGAGCUGAUGCAGAAGUUCGGCUGCCUGGGCACCACGGACAAGGACGUGCUCAUCUCCGAGUUUCAGCGAUCGCUCGGCUUCCAGCUCAACCCGGCCGGCUGCGCCUUCUUCCUGGACAUGACCAACUGGAACCUACAAGCAGCAAUUGGCGCCUCUUAUGACUUUGAGAGCCCAAACAUCAGUGUACCCUCCAUGUCCUCUGUUGAAGAUGUCACCAUAGGAGAAGGGGAGUCGAUACCUCCUGACACCCAGUUUAUAAAAACGUGGCGGAUCCAGAAUUCUGGGGCAGAGGCCUGGCCUCCAGGGGUUUGCCUUAAAUAUGUCGGGGGAGACCAGUUUGGACAUAUGAACAUGGUGAUGGUGAGAUCGCUAGAGCCCCAAGAGAUUGCAGAUGUCAGCGUCCAGAUGUGCAGCCCCAGCAGAGCAGGAAUGUAUCAGGGACAGUGGCGGAAAAAAAAAAAAAAAAAGUAAAUGUUGAUGAAAUCAAAAUAAAACACCAAAUAGUAACACUUAUGAUAUAGCUCUCAGCCAAAUAAACAAAUGUUUAAAAAUAUUAAAAUCCUUAA